AUGGGUCUGACGGAUGAGAAAGUGAAGGCUUAUCUCUCCCUCCACCCGCAAAUGCUGGAUGAGUUUGUGCUGGAAAGCGUGAGUGCGGAGACCGUAGACAGAUGGCUGAAACGGAAGAAUAGCAGCCAGCCUGCAGAUGAAUCUUCAGCUAAAGAAGUUAGCAGGUACCAGGAUACGAAUAUGCAGAGCGUGGUAUAUGAGCUCAACAGCUACAUGGAGCAGCGGCUGGACACUGGAGGAGACAACAAACUACUGCUUUAUGAGUUGUGCAACAUCAUCAAAACAGCCACAAAAGCUGAUGGAUUUGCACUUUACUUCCUUGGAGAAUGCAACAAUAGUUUAUGUUUGUUCACUCCGACGGGGGCAAAAGAGGGGCUUCCUGGGCUCAUCCCCUCUGGUCCCAUCACAUUUGGGACCACCAUCGCCGCUCACGUUGCAAAGACACGCAGGACACUACUUGUAGAGGACAUCAUGGGGGUUGCAACAGCAAAUUUGGCCUGGGCAUCUGUAGCCAUACACCAAGUCCAGGUCUGCAGAGGUCUUGCCAAACAGACAGAACUCAACGACUUUCUCCUAGAUGUGUCAAAAACAUACUUUGACAACAUAGUGGCAAUAGAUUCUCUACUUGAACAUAUCAUGAUAUAUGCAAAAAACCUGGUUAAUGCAGACAGAUGUGCGCUCUUCCAGGUAGAUCACAAUAACAAAGAGCUGUACUCUGACCUGUUUGAUAUCGGGGAGGAGAAUGAAGGGAAACCUGUCUUUAGGAAAACCAAAGAAAUUAGGUUUUCUAUAGAGAAAGGAAUAGCAGGUCAGGUGGCGAGAACAGGAGAAGUUUUGAAUAUUCCGGAUGCCUAUGCAGACCCCCGUUUCAACAGAGAAGUAGAUCUCUACACUGGCUACACGACGCGGAAUAUCCUGUGCAUGCCCAUAGUCAGCCGUGGGACUGUGAUUGGUGUUGUACAAAUGGUCAACAAGCUGGGAGGUAGUGCCUUCACUAAAACUGAUGAGAACAACUUUAAGAUGUUCGCUGUCUUCUGUGCUUUGGCCUUACACUGUGCAAAUAUGUAUCACCGGAUAAGACAUUCAGAGUGCAUUUACCGGGUGACGAUGGAGAAGCUUUCGUACCACAGCAUCUGCACGUCAGAAGAGUGGAAGACCCUCACACAACUCUCCCUCCCUUCAGCCAUAUAUAAAGAGAUUGAACUGUUUCACUUUGACAUUGCUCCUUUUGAGGAUCUGUGGCCAGCAAUAGUUGUAUACAUGGUUCACAAUUCAUGUGGAAAAACCAGCUUUGAGCAGGAGAAACUGUGUCGCUUCACUAUGUCAGUGCGGAAAAAUUACAGACGAGUUCCAUAUCACAACUGGAAACACGCUGUGACGGUGGCACACUGCAUGUAUGCCAUCCUGCAAAAAACCACUGGGAUCUUCACUGAGCUUGAGAGGAAAGGCUUACUGAUUGCUUGCUUAUGUCAUGACCUGGACCACCGCGGCUACAGUAACAGUUAUCUACAGAAGUUUGACCAUCCGCUGGCUGCCCUGUAUUCCACAUCCACCAUGGAACAGCAUCACUUUUCACAGACAGUGUCCAUCCUGCAGCUGGAAGGGCACAAUAUUUUCUCCAACCUGACUUCCAGUGAGUAUGAGCAGGUGCUGGAGAUCAUCAGGAAGGCCAUCAUUGCUACAGACCUCGCCUUGUACUUUGGCAACCGCAAGCAACUGGCUGAACUGCUGGCCACAGGGGAGCUGGACCUGAACAACCGUGCUCACAGGGACCGUGUGAUCGGUCUGAUGAUGACGGCCUGUGAUCUCUGCUCUGUGACCAAACUGUGGCCCGUCACACGACUCACGGCCAAUGACAUCUAUGCUGAGUUCUGGACUGAGGGGGAUGAAAUGAAGAAGAUUGGAAUGCAGCCCAUCCCUAUGAUGGACAGGGAUAAAAAGGAUGAGGUUCCCCAGGGACAGGUGGGCUUUUACAAUGCUGUGGCUGUUCCCUGUUACACCACCCUGUCAGAGCUGUUUCCUCCCUCCGGUCCUCUGCUUACAGCCUGCAGGGAAAACCUGGCCCAAUGGGAACGAAUCGUGCAAGGAGAGGACACCUCUGCGUGGGCUUCCACUGACGAGGCUGAGCUGAGCGAGACAUCAGACAGUGGACCAGUAAAAGUGGACAACUGAAUCUGUGGCACCUGUCCCACAGCACCACCUACACCCUGCCUGAGACACUGGUCUUCCUGUGGACCGUCCCACUUCCUGCAGAGACAGGAGGAAGCGCAGAGGGCAGGCGGGGAAGGAUACAUUCAGAAAAAUAAACAAAACAUAAUGUUACCUCAGUGGGUGACGGAGGCGUACACUCGAAUGACAUCAGGGCUCCCUCGUUGAUGGCUGGGACUCAAGUCCACUCUGUGUGGGAUCACUUCAGCAGAACGGCAGUACUUUUCCUUAGGAGGUGGCUUCUGCAUCCUUUCGCUUAGGUGUUUUGUUUUUCUUCUUUUUUCAGUUUCUUGAAAAAACAUGUUACAUUUGAAGGGGCCUUAAAUACCAACCCGAGUUACGAUCUGGUUGGGUGACUCGUAACUAAGAUGGUUCGUCUAGUUUAAAAUGGUACGUUUUAUCCUGCUGUGGUCAAAAUACGCAAAGCCUACUUGAGUGGAUUUAUUUUUUAAGACAGACAGAAAGAAUGUUUUGUCGCAUUUGAGGUGAAA